AUGUCGGCAGAAAAAGUCGUCGCUCCUGCGGCUCCUGGGACAUCAAUCAAGUAUGCGGCCUUGCUCACGCUUGUGCUACAGAACAGUCUGCUUAUUCUGACGAUGCGGUACUCCAGAAUCAUGGACACCAAUGAAGUGUACAUUUCGUCGACCGCGGUCCUCCUGAACGAGGUGAUCAAGCUAGUAAUCAGCUUGCUAAUUUCAUUCAAGGAAGCUGGAGUCAAGGAGACCUUUGCCGAAGUGUUUGGCGAGGGCCAUUGGAUGCUGGCUGUUCCGGCCGCGUUGUACACUUUGCAAAACUCGAUGCAGUAUGUCGCGGCCUCUAAUCUCGAUGCUGCAACCUUCCAGGUCACGUACCAACUCAAAAUUCUGUCCACUGCGUUCUUUGCAGUUACUAUUCUACACAAAAGACUUCAUAUCAACCAAUGGGCGGCUUUGGGUCUGCUCACAAUGGGGGUGGCUGUCGUCCAACUGCCCACCAGCAUUGUAGAGGUGGUUAAAGGAUUUAUUGCCCCCAUUCAAGACGUUGAGACCCCCGCCGAAGAGCGUAUUACCGGGGUGGCUAAUAAUAUUCGCGGUCUUGUUGCCGUUACGAUUGCCUGCGUCUUGAGCGGCCUGGCAGGGAUUUAUUUCGAAAAAGUGUUAAAGGGCAGCAGGUCUGUGUCGCUAUGGGUAAGAAAUGUUCAACUAAGUUUCUACUCAUUGUUUCCGGCUCUUUUUAUUGGUGUUUUGGCCAAGGAUGGGCGGGACAUCUCUGCCAAGGGCUUCUUUUAUGGCUACAACAUGGUCGUCGUGUCGGUGAUCCUUUUGCAAGCCGGCGGAGGUAUUGUUGUUGCCCUAUGCGUCAAGUACGCCGACAAUAUUGCGAAAAACUUUGCCACGUCUAUCUCUAUUCUUGUUUCGGCUAUUGCAAGCGUGUACUUCUUUGGCACGACGUUGACGACUAACUUUGCCGUCGGAGCGUCGAUUGUUAUUCUGGCGACAUGGUUAUACAGCAAGUACGAGCGUAAAUAA